AUGACUAUUGCAAACAACAUUAAGUCAGCGCUUCCCAAAACUGAAAAUGCUAAGGAACUUAUGAAGUUCGUGGAAGGGCGUUCCCAGACUGCUGAUAAGUCUCUGGCCAGUACAUUAAUGAGUUCUUUGACCACCAUGAAAUAUGAUGAUUCUCAUACCAUGCAUGAGCACAUUCUGGAAAUGACCACCUUAGCAGCGCAAUUAAAGACCCUAGGAAUGACCGUGGAUGAGUAUUUCUUGGUACAAUUUAUUCUCAAUUCCUUACCUCUAGAGCAAUAUGGGCCAUUUCAAAUGAACUAUAACACUAUAAAGGAUAAGUGGAACGUCAAUGAAUUAACCAGUAUGCUCAUUCAGGAGGAGACAAGGCUAAAGAACCAAAGAGCUCAUUCCGUUCAUUUUCUGAAGUAUUAA